UGGCGUGUUCUUCCUUUGUCCCCAUGUCGAAGGAUAAAGACACUCCAAAAAAGUGGAAGACCAAAGCCAGACUAGAGCAAAGAAGCUAUGCAAGCCAUCGACAAAAACUGCAGGAGAACUGGGAAGAUGACUUCAUGAGUCAGUUGAUGUUGCCCAUGUGCAACUGAAGAGGAGCUGACACUGCACGAGCCACUGCAUUGAUAUUAUUCAUUAGAAAGACUGCUGGGACCAGCUCCAAAGCGGCGUAUGAUAGAUGAACAAUGCCUUUCACGUCUGAAGCUCGAAGUGGCUCCAAGUGCUGACGAUUAUGACGAAGAUUCAACUGCAUACUGCAUACCAAAUGACCCCCCCGGACCACAUGCACGAGGACACACCGAUGGUAAAGGGUUCCAAAGCAAAGCCAUUGAACUGCUGCUAGAAAACCGCAGUCUACUCUAUGACAUUCACCAGCGCAUUUCCAGCUUUGAGGCAUUUGGUCAGGCUUCAAAUGGUCUGCUGAUACCGCACACAAUCUCACCUCUUCUAGAGCAGCCCCUCUCCUCGGUGGAGGAAUUCACUCAGGCUGAGAUAGCACUCAAGGAUAGGAACACUCUGAGGGCCUUGGUUGACCGCCUCGCCCUUAUUGGUGGUUCUGAUAUGAACGGAGCCGUGAAGCACAUUGUUGAUCGGUGCUUGAAGAACAGCCUGCAAGCGCAGUUCAGUCUCGAUGGCAGGAAGGGGAAGCGGGCCUUCAAGAUAUCACCCCUCUGCUCUGUCAUUGUUGCUGCAGUUCAGAAGCGUCUCAGCUGCCUGGGUGAAACGCCUACAGAAAAAGAGGUCCUGGCUCGAAUCGGUAAAUACUUGGCUGGCUGGUCUGACAGGGAUGGUGGAAGGAAGAAACGAGCGCAACAGCAAGAGUCCUAAAAAGAAUACAACCCUUCUCCAAAGCUAUAGAC